AUGACUGUGGAAGUAUUGGACUCUAAUUCUGUAUUUAAGAACGCAAUUCAGUAUGGUCACAACAUUCAGCAAAUCCCUAAUAAUGGUGGAAAACCAGGAUUCUUCUUCAUCAUAUGCCAGGCAGCAUCAGGCCUUGCACAUCAUGAACCUCAGUCCCGACAGCUACUCCGUCUUCACUGUUCCUUUAGUCCACGUCACACGGAGGACAAUGUCAUCGAUUUCACUCUCACACGUGUGACCGAAAAAGUAGCCAUUGGACUAGAGAUCCUUAGUGAAGCAUCUCACCGAAAAGCCACACCACAACGCCGCCAAAGCCGCCCAAACCGCCAAAGCCGUCGACACCCAAACCUACGCCGAGGCCAAAGAGAAUCCCGAAAGUUCCCGAUAGACAAGCAGCUUCUGAACGCGGCGGCACAGAUCCGCUUCAGUCUCGUGCCUCCCGUCCAGUCAUUCCUAAACGAUCCCUACUUCCAGAUUGCCAGAUCCGGGCAAGCAUACUACAAUCACUUUCGCCCUAAGGUCUUGAUCAGUCCCUCGAAGGUGUGCUCUACCGCCAAGAAGGGAUCACCAUUGCAGCCCUUCCUGAUGAUUCUCGUGCUGUCCAGUUACAGAUGCAGAGCCAAAUUCGAAAGGCUGGCCAUCAGGGCCACGUACGGAUCCGUGGCCGAAGGAAACGCCUGGCCAAACAAAGAAGUGCCCGAGUCCGUCGGCCUCGUCUUUUUGUUGGGCAAACCGCCGACGGUGAAGGCCCGUCGCCGACUGACCGCUGAGAGCCAACAAUACGGUGAUGUCAUGAUCGGGGACUUCACCGAUACCUACGCCAACCUGACACUGAAGGUUCUGUUUGGGCUUCGGUGGAUGGUGGAAGCGUGCCCGCACGUGCAAUACGUCCUGAAAAUCGACGACGACACCUUCGUGAACAUCCCACUGCUGCUGGCCUUUCUGCUUCACGGCGAAGACAACGCUAUGUACGGACAUGUCUACUUCUCCUCUCGAGUGUUCCGCGGAGGUAAAUGGGCCGUCCCCAACAAUGUGUACCCUCUGGGCCUCUACCCUCCAUACUUGUCUGGCACUGCCUACGUGGCUUCCAUGGACGCCGUCAAGAAGGUGGUGGAUGCCUCCGUCCAUGUGCCCAUGCUCCCCGUGGAAGAUGCCCACGUCACGGGUAUACUUCCUAUCGUGGCCGACGUACGGCGUAUCUCCACCUACGGCUUCACGCACGUGCUGGACCACAAGCCAGACUUCUGUGAGUUCAUGCUCAACAAACGCCUCGUGGGUAACCGAAUGAGAAAGAAGGACAAGAUCCAUGCGUGGAAUUUGAUGAAGAUUGCUGACCGGAGACAUUGCUCCAUGCAAUGAUUGCUGGGGUGUGCCUGGCUGUCCGUGCAAGGAUAUUUCCCAAACAAUAAUAAAUAUUUUGGCAGGGUUUGUCUCCCAUCUUGUGUGAGUGAUUAUGUGUGUGUGUGAGAGAGAGAGAAUAAAGAAAAGUCAGAAACCUUGUUCACAAGCUUCAGGUCUUGACUUUUAUUUUCAUCUUUAAAACUCUCAUCAGCUGUGAACCAUUUAUCAUACCGUCCUGUGAUGUAGAAUAAAAUUCGUCUACUUUUGCAG